AUGACUUCGUCCGACACCCACUCGCUCGGCUAUCCCGACCGCACCUUCCGCACCGAGCUUCUCCCCUGCGAUGCCGAUGCUUCGGUCGCAUUUCGAGAGGCUGGUCCGUCUCGCUACGGCGGUGCUGAGCCGCUGAGCCGCGCCGAGCCUCUGAUCGCAUCCUCGGUGACCCGCGACAGUCUCGCCACUGCCGCACGCCAUCUGCAGUCCGGCCAGCUGGUCUCGUUCCCUUCGGAGACCGUGUAUGGCUUGGGCGCAAAUGCGCUCUCGCAGUCAGCAGCCGCCAAAAUCUAUGCGGCCAAGAAGAGGCCCGCCGACAACCCGCUCAUCGUGCACGUCGCCGAUCUCGAGAUGCUCGACUCGCUCCUCCCGCCGGCCUACACGAUGAGCGCUGCCUACUCUGCUCUCAUCAAGGCGUUUUGGCCCGGCGCUCUCACGCUUCUCUUCCCCGUAGACCCGCAGCUUCCAGCUGUGCCUAGCGUGGUGACGUGCGGCCAGCCCAGCGUGGCGGUCCGCAUGCCGUCGCAUCCAAUCGCAAGAGCCUUGAUCGCCACAUCGCGUCUGCCCAUGGCAGGACCCAGCGCAAACGCCUCAGGACGUCCAUCGCCCACCACAGCAGCACACGUGAUGCGCGACCUGGGCGGACAGCUCGACACCAACGAGGCGGAACCACACGGAAGGCUCCAGUACAUUCUCGACGGCGGAGCCUGCACUGUAGGUGUGGAGAGCACUGUCGUUGACGGGAUAUCGGCCGACGACGAGGUCCGGGUGCUGCGACCGGGUGGAGUGACGGUGGAGCAGAUUGCGCAAGUGCUUAACGAGGCCAGGCUGGACACCAAGCUGCGCGUGUACGGCAAGGAUAUGGAGCGCAGUGCACAGCAGGAAAGCAAUCCCACGACGCCAGGCAUGAAGUACAGACACUAUUCUCCAACUGCGCGCGUCGUUAUGCUGCUCCCCGCCACGCUGUUUGCACGUGCCGUCACCUCGUCGCAGCAGACUGCCUCGGCUCGGUUGGUUGACUCGCUUAUCGACUCUCCGCCUGCCGCACCGCGUUCGUUCGCACACAUCAUCCGCGACCAACUCAGCACACUCCAAGCGGGGCCAGCGGGGUCUACGAUCAACGUGGGAGUUAUGACCUCCUCGGACUCGAAUCUUGCCCGACUCAUCAGCUCGGCCUCGGCACCCGCGCCACCAACGGGCACCGAUGUGCAUCCUCACCUUCUGCCCCCACUCGAGCUAUCAGAGCUUCCGGGUGUGCUGGUGCACCGGUUUGAUCUCGGGCCGAGUGCGCAGCCGUCGGUGUAUGCGCAGCGCAUGUUCGACGGCCUGCGCACGCUCGACGAGGGCCCGCUGCACGGCGCCGACAAGUGCGAGCUCAUCUUUGUCGAGGCUCUCGAUGACUCGGGCGUGGGACUCGCGGUGAUGAACAGGCUCAAGAAGGCGGCUAGUGCCACCGUCGUGCUCGAUUGCUAG